AUGGAGCUUCCUCGGAUUCGGCGCCGCAUUCAGACGCCAGAGGAGUACCAGAAGCUCGUCCUCGAUGUCUCCAAGACCAGGCCCAUCAUCGUUGAUUGCUACGCCGAUUGGUGCAAGCCCUGCAAGGAUCUCACACCAGUGAUUGAGGCCGUCAUCAAGAGCAGGGAGGGAAAGGUGACACUGGCCAAGGUGGACAUUGACAAGGUGAGCGAGGUGGCGGUGCAGCUGAGCGUCUCUUCGAUCCCCGCUGUCUUCGCUAUCUACAAGAAGGAAACCAUCAGCAAGUUCGUUGGGCUCAAGUCCAAGGCCGAGCUGGAAGACUUUGUUGAUGCUGUCCUCAAGAAGACGACCCAGAGCUAA